CUCAACCAAUUUGUAACCUAUCCCUACCAGUAACACCACUCGCACCAAUUUUAGGCUCUUUUGGCGCUAUGAUGAGGUUUUUUCAAUGUUUGAGACGUUAUUAUGAUACUAAUGCAAUAAUACAUCUCGGAAAUGCGGGCAAAUACGCUUCUAUGGCAAUUUCUGUAAUGAUGAUCUUUUAUUGGAGAUAUACAGUUGCUUAUUACGCAGAUGAUUAUAAUAAGGUCCUUAUGUCUAAAAUUAUUUAUAUAAUUAUUCAAGUUGUUUCUGCAGUUUAUGCAAAUUUUUGGGACAUAACUCAAGAUUGGGCAUUAUUAAAACUCGAUAGUUCUAAUUUUUUGUUAAGAGAUGAAUUAGGUUACAAACAUAAAUGGAUUUACUAUUUUGGAAUGUGUAACAACACAUUUUUUAGAUUUACUUGGAUUUUUUACUUUGUAUCUGAUAGUUUUUUGGUUCGUUUUCUUAUUGCCUUUGGAGAAAUGCUUAGACGUUGGCAAUGGGAUAUCUUCCGUAUUGAAAAUGAACAUGUAACGAAUUGCCGAGCAGGUCGUGCAAUCAAAGAAUUAGAGUUACCAACAAUUUUCGAUCCAAGCUUAGCAAGUCCAACUAGCACUGUAAAAAUUAAAAAAAGUUCAUUAUUACCAAAAGUAAAUAGAAAACAAACAUGGAGAGAUUUUGAACCAAAAUUAGAUAAAGAUGAAGCUGAUUACGUUCAAGAAGAUGAUGAUGAUUAUGAAGAAGAUGAUGUCAAUGAUAAUUUUGAUGAGAACGAUAAUGAAGAAAAAGGGAACCUAGAUAGUGUUAUAAAAGACAAUUUAGAUUAUGAAAAAAAACAAGAAGAAGGGGGAAAGGAUGAUAAGAAUGAUAAUAUAGAAUCCCGUAAAAAAUUAAAAAUAAUAACUGAACACAUUGAAAUUUCUAUUAAUUGA